AGAUCAAGAGACCAGAUUGCGAUGCACGAACGGAACUCUGGGUUGAUCAAGAGUGAUUCUUGUUUUACAAAGUGCGGGCCAACCUCUCAGUGCUGCUUGGCCUCGUGGGCAUGACAAUGUUGAAAGUGUUCAGCUGGAUGGGACCGUGACAAUCAAUGCCCGCCUACCCGCACUCCCGUCGCGGCCGCCCGCCUCACAGAUGCACAGCUCGGCCAAUGUUUCCGUCCCCGGGCCAUUCCCAGCAAGCUCCAGCACACCCAGGGGUUUACGGGGGGUCGUCCGUUAUUAAGCCCUCGAGUCGAGGCUUGGCCCUCCCCGUCUUAGGGACCCUUCAGCCUAUCGUGCCUGUCUGCCUAGGACCAUUCAACUAUUGGACGGUGGACCAAUGCUUCCCCUCGUCGAGUGGGUUGUGGAAGAUGCUGAUUGGGCGUGGCCCUUGCAUAGAUGCCCCCCUUGUCGCGUGGCCGGUGCUAUGGAGAAAAUUUGUGACGGACUCUGGCGAUUUGGCCUGCGAGGGAAGGUUUCCGGGCUAAAGAAGCCACAUCUCGGGUCACUCUGCUAGUGUCUGACAGAAGAUGGUGAUUGGCGCCGAAUGUUGGACUACGGCAAAGACGGUGAUGCGC